AAGGUGAUCAUCUAUUGUACUAAGGUCGAGGCCACCAAGCUGCUCUUUGCUGCGCUUAGGUGUAAUGCCUACUACCGGGAGCUAGGCACCAAAGAGGACAAGAGCCACUUGCUAAAGGCGUGGAUGUCGGGCGAGCCACGGCCAGGGCGUUACGGGGACGGGCGUGUCAUCGUGGCGACCAACGCCAUGGGCCUGGGCAUCGACGUGCCGGACGUGCGGCUGGUUGUCCAUGUAGGCCCAGUUUACCGAAUGCAAGACUACGCAUAA